AUAUGCAUAGUGAGAAAUGGUCUUUGCAGAAGACCUAUUCCUUCUUUUCUCACAAGUAAAUCUGGACCUACCCAUACCUACCCAUACGUACAGGUACUUGUAGUAGUCUUUCAAACCCCCACCUCGAUGUCCCUAGAGCAGCACCUAACCCCAACCCUGACUCUUCCCAACCACAUCCCUCCAUCUCACAUCCAGUUCUCACCCGACUGGUGAGACUCUUACACAGCUCACUCUCAUCCAAUCUCACAAAGAAAAGAUAAUUUCAAGUAAUAGAAAAUAAGCGAAAGAAUGGCCCCAACCCCACCGACAGUGGUCUCCCUAAAACAGUCCUUCCUCACAACCCAAACGCGCCGCCUAUCCCAGCCGCUCGCUCCAACCCGCGCCUGGCGCAACGCCAACAGUAAUGGAACCUCCGAAGAAGAACAGAGCACCGCCCUCUCAGAAAAGGCCAUCGACGAAGCCCUCUUCAAGCUCAACCACCGCCUCCAGCAGCACGCGCGGCGCGUAUACGCCCCGCAGGCCAUACGUCACGUGGCAGAGCAAAUCGACCAGCUGUACUGGAACGCGGCCGAGGCGAGGGCGGGGAGGGGUCCUCACGACAUUGAGGGUGAUGAUGAUGAUGGCGGUGGUGGUGAAGGAGAGGAGGUGGCGGAGGGGUUGAGUCUGGGCGCUGAUCUAGCGGACCCCUCCGUGAUCGCUACCCUCCCCUUGGAAUGGGACUACCCGUCCGAAGCAGCCGCGCAGCCCGCCGAGGCCAAGCGGUAUGCGGAGCUUGCGGCGGAACUGCACGCGCUGGCGGAGCGGAAGAGGGAGGCGGCCGCGCGUGUGGCGCGUCUCAGGCGGAUCCAGGCGCUUCUGGAGCCUUUCUCCCCUUCUUCAGCUACUACGACUUCCGCUGGAGAGGAGGGUGGUGGUGGUGGUGAAGAAGAAGAAGCUGGCGGGUUGAAGGGUGUGCAGGAGAAUCUGGUGACGCGCAAUGGUGAGAUCGAGGCGGAGUUGUCGCGGAUGAGAGUGCUUCUUGCUAGGGUUGGCGGGCGGGUCGGUCAGCUUAAGGAACAGGCUGGCAGCCGCGGGGCGGGGGACGGCGACUCGAGCGUGGGGAGUUUGUUCUCAGAGAGGGGAGGCGUGGAGGACGUGGAGAUGGAUGAGCAGAGGAAAGUUGGGAUGCUGCUGGAGAGGUUUUAGGUCUAUUUAGACUUGAUGGGGCUGUGGUGGUCUCGGG